GCAGGAGCUGUUUUAAAAGAGGAGGAAAGCCUCCGUGCUCAGGCAGAGAGGAGCUGAAACUGGAGGGACGUGCAGGAAGAGACACAACAGAAACCAGAAGAGCAAAGCCGGACGAGUCAGUCACGAUCCGUCCUUUGGCCUGGCACCCCUCAAACACCCCCACUAUCUGAACAAUCCCUGGGGCAAAGAGAAAGCAGGUUAACCCAGUGAGACCUAAGUGAACCCAUUUCUAGGCUCUUCAGGUCUUUACUAUGAAGCUUUUGACCGCAGUUCUCCUCAUAUUGGUCCUUGUAAUCUGCUUUACCAGCGUAGAAGGAUCAAAAUGCAAAUGCUUAAGGAAGGGUCCGAAAAUAAGAUUCUCUGAUAUUCAGAAACUUGAAGAGCGGCCAAAAUAUCCAUAUUGCAAGGAACGAAUGAUCAUAGUCUCAAUGAAAUCACGAUUCCGAGGUGGCCAUCAAUACUGCUUGCAUCCUAAACUCCCAAGUACAAAAAGAUUACUUAAGUGGUAUACAAUAUGGAAAGAAAAAGAAAGAGUUUAUGAAGAGUAAGAGAAUGAUGUCUAGAAGAAGAAGUGGGAUUGAUUAAUAGAUGGGCAUAAGAAAGAUGGACAACAAAGAUGACUUCUCACAAGACACAACUCAACAUCUAUGUUAAUUAUAAAGCACUUUUCUUGUUACCAAGGAUCACUUUUUACAUUUUAUAGCUGCAAAAAAGCCACCAGAUUUCAUAAGUGUCUUUAUAUAUUAGAUCCUAUACAUGCCUCCUUUCUAGUGAAAAAUAUCAUGAAACAUAAUCUUCAUUUAAAAUGUAUUUGUAUAAUCUUAAUUUCAUAACUAUUCUGUUCCUAUGACUCGAUAUUGGGCUUUAUAAGCUCAUAAAAUGAAUCUUAAUUUCUUAAAAACAAAAUCUAGAACAGUCAUUCUUUUUUAGCAUGGGGAGGGCAAGUUUCUAGUCCACAAUAAACAUUUCUGGUAUGUCCUUUUCUAUGGAAUAAGAAGGCCUAAACUAGGGAUUGUUCUGUACAUUGAUAUCUACUGCUGUAAAAUUUGGAAAUAAGGUUUCUCAUUACAAAAUUGAUAAAAGCUGUCUGUUUUCUAAUCCCUGCAGAUGGGAUAAUAUAAAAUAUACUACUCAUUCUCUUUUGGUGGAUAAAAAUAUUUCUAAAGCAGUUUAAUAUGGAAAAGACACUUUUUUCUUACCUGAAGUUCUUCUGAAGUUUGCAAUUUUGCGCUGUGAUAUCUUCAGGUAUAUUGUGUAUGAUUUCUUAGAUUUGUAGCUUAGAAUUAUCCAAAAAUGUACCUUAUUAUUGGGAAGGGAUGAAGUUUCUGAUAGGGGAAUGGACAUUUAAGUUUUAGUCAUAAAGCAACAAUCUGUUAUUUCGAAUGUAAUCAUUUCACUGGUAAGCAGUACAUUCCUCUUUAUAAAAAAUACAAGUAACAAAACUACCUUUUCAAUUGUAAAUAUACUAUAGGAGAUUUCCCUAUAUUAUCUUUCUGUAUAAUGUAUUGUACUGCUAAAUUAUCAUACACUAUUUAAAUGUUUGAAAUAUUUAGGGAGUUGCAUGCAGAUUUCAUAUUUCUUUCUAUGACAAAUGAAACUUAAGGAAUAAAAUACAUUUUAAAGGC